AUGUAUAAUUUAGAUUCAUAGAUAAAAUCUCUAAAAUGUUCAAAAGAGCAACAUAAUAAUUCAGAAAUUUUAGAAUUAUUACUAGAUGAUGGGAUAAAAUUAGAAGAUCGUUUCUUAUGUAAAUUUUGUAUAUAAAUUCAAAAUGGUUGGCAUAAGAAAACUGGGAUUAUUCCAGUAUUGGAGACAAUUCAAUAAUAAUAUUAAGAUUUAGAAAAACAUUAAACAGAACAAUUAAAUUAGGAAAAAAAGUACUUGACGUAAUUAUAAGAAGAUUUUAAAGAAUUUUAAACAUAAAUACAAUCAACUUUAUCUGAAAUUGAAAACUUGAUACUUCAAUUAAAUAAAGAGUUAGAAUAUACAUAAAGAAUAAUACAUAUCAAUUUAAUUGAAGAAAUAGAAUUAUAUAUAAAAGAAUAAACUAAUAAAAAAAAUCUUGACAUAAUAGAAAAUUUUAAUUAGGAUAUUUAAAAUAUAAAAAAUUCUUAUAAUACUAAAUUUGAAAAUAAAAUAUAAAAUUUUAAUUUAUUGAAUUGCUAAAUUUUUUCAAAGUAUAAAAACAACUAAAGUAGAAAUUAGGAAGAGGAAAAUAAAUUAUUAGAAAAUAAUUAUGUAAGAUAAUCUAAAAUAAAAAUAAUAAUAAAUAAUGGAAAAGAAAAAGCUAUUAAAUUAAAUUAUAUAAGUGAAAUUUAGUGUUUAGAGUGUUCUGCAUUAGCUUUUGAUAAUGAAACCUCUAAAUUAGUUGUUUGUGGAGGUUAAAAGUAAAUUUAGAUAUUGAAAAUGUAGGAUGGAAUAAUAAAGGAGAAAAUAUCAACAUUAUAACAUAAUGAGUCUAUUUUUUCUGUAGUAUAUAGUAAAAAUCAGAAUUGGUUAGCAGUAGGGACAGAUUUAGGGAUCGUUAAAACUUGGAAAUUAUAAAAUUCUGAAUGGGAAAGUUCACCUCCUUAAUAUAGUCAUAAAAAAUCUGUUUUUUGUCUUAUAUUAAGUAAAAAUGAAGACUUUUUAUUCUCAUGUAGUGAGGAUUAAUCUAUAAUAAUUUGGAGUUUGAUUAUUGCUUAAAAUAAGAUAUAGAAAAAAUAAUAAAUUACAACAGAUAAAGGAUCAUUAUUUUCUCUAAGUUUGAAUGACUCAGAAAAUAAAUUAGCUGCAUGUAGUCGAAAAGAUGCAAUUAUUAUAUGCGAAAAAUAAAGUAACAAUGAAUGGAUUCUAAAAUAAAUAAUAUAGUUACCUGAAAAGGGAUUUGGUUUUAGAUUAUGUUUUUAUGGAGAAGAUUAUUUGAUUUUUUAACCUUAAAAUGAAGGAAUUAGUAAAGUUUAUUAGUUAAAAGACAAUAUUUUUGAAUAAAGGAAAGAAUUGGAAAUAGAAUUAUAAGAAAAAGAAUAAAAAGAUAUGAUUGGAUUAUCUCCAAUUUAAUAUAAUAAUUUUCUAGAUGUUAUGAUGUUAAAACAUGCUAAUUGUGUUUAUUUUAUUAAAAAAUUAUCAAAUUAGAAAUUUGCAAUUAUCGGAAGUUCCCCUAAGAAAUAAAAUAUUUUUCAUACUUUUACAGUUUCUUAAGAUGGAUAAUACUAUGCAGAAUGGACUAAUGAAAAGAAAAUUUACAUAUAUAGAAUAGAUUAUUAAUGA